AGCUGCCUGAACUUGAACACUGACGGACAGAAGGCUGCGACCGUGACCACAGCCGGCGGAGAUAAAUCCAGAAGCCGACUGUGUAUUUUUGUUUUUUUUUUCUGUAUUUAUUUUAUGACGCUGUUUAUACUCGUGGUGUUCAGUCAUUGAGGACUUCGUAUCGGUAUUUAAGAUUGAAUCAAUAAAAGCAGGGGAUUUGUGCAUAAAAAGCUGAUAAUGUCCAGGCGCAAACUUGGAAGCCGACCGCAACACCUGAGCGUGAUUCAAGAUGCCCCAGAACCCAGCGUGACUCCGGUGUCACCCUGCUCUCCUGAUCACCUAGCUGGAGGCAGCGAUCUACUGACAUGCGGUCAGUGUGGUCAGGCCUUCCCUCUGGCUCACAUCCUUACCUUCAUCCAGCACAAACAAGGAGGAUGUAGCAGCACCAGGCGUGGCCCACUGGACCACACACCUCAGUCUCCAGCCAAUCAUGCGUUCCAACGUGGCCCGGGCAUGCUACUGGAAACGGGCUACAUGGAGCUGAAGAGGACAACAGGCAAACGUUGGAAAGAAGAGCCAGGUGUGAAGGUGGAGGCUAACCAAGCAGAUGAGCCAUCCAGUUUUACCUGUCUGGUGUGUGAGUGUGUGUUGCCAAGUGCGUGGGCCCUCCUCCAACAUGCCCAGCAUACACACUCCCUGAGUCUCUACCAAGUCGAGGCCAGUCCUCCACAAAAGUCCAAACCAGCAGCCAUGAUGGAUCCACGCCACCUGGGUGCCACACUAGCCUCUGCCUUCUACACUUCCUCUUCCUUGAAACGUUUACCCCACUCCCAUCAGCCCCAGAGCCACGUCCUCUUGUCAGGAGGACGGAAUCUUCAGAGUCUGAACUUCUCACUGUGUCUGCAACGGCUGGCGGAGGUGAGUGUUGGGAAUGGAGGAGUUAUGCCCUCGCCAUCUUCAUCUCCACCCGCCGCUUCUCCUUUUCCUCACUCUACCCCUCCAUUGCUUGGCGCCUUCUCCUGUGAGGUCUGUGGCCAGAAUUUCCAGUCCUUGCGCAGCCUUUCUGCUCAUCGGCGCACGCAUGCCACUGAGAAGCCUUACCAUUGUGCUGUGUGUCGGCUAUCUUUUGCCCAAAGUGGAGAGCUAGCUCGACACAUGAGGAGCCAUCGAAAAACACCUGAAAGCUCAGCGAAAGUGUCAGAAAGCUCAUUAAGAAUCCAAAAUCUUGUUACUGCCACCAAAAAUGAGGAUGGUAAAGUCCCAAGCAGAUUUUCUCAGCAAGGAUAUGGAGACGGUGGGCAUCAGGAAGGUGACCCUGCAGGCACAGGUUUGAUCCUGUUGGCAUCCCAGCCAGGAGGAGCCAACCGCAGUUUGCAAAGGUACUGUCAACUUCAAACGGAGGUAGAUGAGGAGGUACAGGUUGAGCCACAGCAUCCCUCACCCUAUGGCAGCCCUUCAGAGGGCUCGCUGGACAGCGGAGAGACUGGUGAGAGUGGCAUUGCCAGUGGUAAUUGUACUCCCAAGAGACCUGAGCGCGAGGGCGAUGUGGAGGCAGAGGUGGAAAGUGUGGAUGUGGUGCAGGACUGGCAGCAGGACAAUGAGAGACGCCAGUCUGCUGGUCGCAAGAAGAAAGAAGAGGCAUGUGAAUUUUGUGGCAAACGAUUCCGCAACAGUAGCAACCUGACUGUGCAUAGAAGGAGCCACACAGGUGAACGGCCGUACCGUUGUGGGUUGUGCAGUUAUGCCUGCGCCCAGAGCAGCAAGCUGACACGCCAUAUGAAGACCCAUGGCACCCAUGGCACCCGUGCCCCCUUCCAGUGCCAGCUCUGCUCUGUGCCCUUUACUGUCUAUGCCACAUUGGAGAAGCACCUGAAGAAGACACAUGGUAUUAGCAAUGCCACAGUCGGAGCCUACAGCCAGAACACACGUUCUCUAAGCCCUCCUCUUGGAUACACCAACCUUUCCAUUAAAAUGGAGGAUGAUCACACCAUCGAGCACUCUGAAGCCCCAGUCCAAACCAUUACAGAGGUUGUGGAGAUGCCCAAAACUCUCAAAGAAGAGGAACCCGAGAUGGUCACCACUGAUGGUGCGCCCUCAUCCACUCCUGAAGAUGCCAGCCAUAAAGCAGGGUUAAGUCUUGCUCCAAGCACUGCCUGAACAUUCAAGGAAUCCUUCAUGGGUCCUAAAGACCUCAGUUAGCACACCAGACACUUGGAUCUGAUUCUACCCAGCCCCUGGUCAAUAUCUCCCUCAAAAACUGAGAUACCAAAACUGUCUUUUGGUGAAUAGGAGCCACAUUAUGGGUGAUGUAGUUGAUCAGCUAUCCUAGAUCAGAUUACAGUCAAGUGCCUACAUGUAGACAACUGUGACCAUUCCUGUAAGGACUCUGGACUCCGUGUGAUAUUUGAAAUGUUUUGCACUCCUUACGCUGAGUGAUUUGACUUGUUUGUCCAGGACUAUAGAGAUAACAUGAUGUCUUUCAGCCCCAGAAGAAGAUGGGUAAAUCAGUCUAGCGCAUCAAUGACCAAGAAAGAUCAAGAUUGUCUGUACAUCAUUCUUAUUAGUUUUUUUUGUUAUUCUUAGAGGAUUGUUAUUUGCAAAGAAGUUACACACGCAAUUUUAGUGACUCUUAAAGUCAAACUGACAUGGAAAAUGAAAUUUUUGUAAUGCUCUUUCCCCAACAUUUUUGAGAAAAUUAUACUGGCAGUAAGGAUUAUUAUUAUUAUUUUUUAAUAAAUUGGGUUCCACUGAAAAUCCUUUUAACCUUGGAAACAGUUUUCAUCUGUGUCCUGAACACUGGACCUUAAUUUUGGGAUACUGUUUAUAAUGAGCACAGUUUGGGUAUGUGGCAAUGAGCAUCAACAAUCGUAACACGGAUUUCUGUGUUCCUAAUCUUCAGCACACAUGGCAGUGUCUUAGGGAUCUUUGUAAAUGUAUUUGAAGUCAGCGCUUACACAUUCUGUGCAUUAUAACCGAUUCAUCUCAAAACCUCUAGCUGCUCUUCUAUGCAUAAAGCUUAAUUUUAUAAUUAAAAAGAAAACGGGUGUCUGCAUGCUUUCUAUUUUGUCUGUAUUGCUGUUUACAGGUUAUGUGUUUAAAUGCAUGCCUUGAAAUAUUAAGGGUUUUUGUGUUGGGUUUUUUUUUUUUAAUAAUUUUUUUGCCCUGUGUCUUUUCAUGGGUGGUGCAUGUUGUAUGAGGGUGCAAAUGAAAAGCCAUGCUUUAGAGGAAUGACUGGGUGGGGUACAGCACUGACCUGUUGCCUGGAGAAGUGUGUGUGUGUGUGUGUGUGUGUGUCUCUCUCUCUCUCUCGCAAUGUGUGUAAAUAAUACAUAUGGGUUGAAACGUCUUAUUAUAUGUAUGCAGAAUACAUAUAAUACAUAUGUAUGUUUGCUAGUUUAUUUUCUAUGAAUAUUGAUGUCUGUAAUCUAUCAGGGAACUGUUGACUGUUUUUCUUUUAAAUAAAAAAUACAGUUCUGAAUAUUUGACUAUACACAAAUGUGAAAGGCUGUUGGGCACAACAGUGUCCACCACUUCAGGGGAUGACACGCUCUCUCUGUAUAGAGCGCUUCACCCUCCCUAAUGAUGAGGAUCCAUUUUGUUGUUUGCUUCAUCUGUAUUGAUUUCAAUUAUGUAUGUGGAAUAUUUUCCCCAAUAUUCCAUGGGAAGCACAUGCCUUUGCUGUAAAGCAGCUAUAAUUUUCCUAUCCUGUGCCUGUGCAGGGGAAUAUUAAAAGACUGACGCAAA